GCAUCAACUUCUGCAACUGCAACAUCAACUCAGGCUCCCAUUACAACACAAUCUCCCUCUACAAGAUGGGCUUGGAGAAAGUGACCAUGGAUCUGGGGGUACCUGUAAUUGUGGGCCAGCUGAUGAUGGUUACGUGUUCAAGUCAAGCAAAUGUAUGUGGGGAAAUGAACUUGCAGGUUGCUUUAAGAUAUAUGACACUCCUGGUGAUGAUGAGACUAUUUGGGAAGAUGCAGAAGAAAGAUGUAGAAAGGAGGGGGCUCAUCUUUCCAGAUGGAAUAGUCCUGGUUGUCUUAAUGAUAUACAAACAUAUUUUAGAGAGCAAAACUAUCCAUCCUCCAGACAUUUUUGGACAUGUGCCCAAGAUCCUCCAUACAAUUUUACAUGUGACCCGACAAGGGAAGAAUUUACAAAUGAUGGAAAGCAGAAAAAUACUCCAGGAUGCUACACCUACCAUCACAAGAGUAACUCCUUUACUGAAAUAUUCCAUAUGCAAUGCCAAGCACAUAAGAUGUUUAUGUGUCAACGUUUAUGCUCAGGUGGGGCAAGUUUGGCUGCAUCAACUUCUGGAACUGCAACAUCAACUCAAGCUCCCACAGCA